GCUGGGAAAUUACUCCCUGACGCUGAUCGACGCCCUGGACACCCUGGCGGUGAUGGGAAACUCCUCGGAAUUCCAGAAAGCAGUGAAGUUGGUGAUUGACACAGUUUCGUUUGAUAAAGACUCAACAGUUCAAGUUUUUGAGGCAACGAUCAGGGUUUUGGGAAGCCUGCUUUCUGCCCACAUAAUAAUUACAGAUACCAAACAGCCUUUUGGUGAUAUGACCAUCAAGGAUUAUGACAAUGAACUGUUGCAUAUGGCUCAUGACCUAGCAGUGAGACUACUUCCAGCCUUUGAGAACACCAAAACGGGAAUUCCAUAUCCUCGGGUCAAUCUGAAGAAGGGGGUACCUCCAGACAGCAAUAACGAAACUUGUACUGCAGGAGCCGGUUCCUUGCUGGUGGAGUUUGGUAUUCUUAGCAGGCUGCUUGGCGAUUCCACCUUUGAAUGGGUGGCCAGGAGAGCUGUCAAAGCACUCUGGAGUCUCAGGAGCAAUGACACCGGACUGCUAGGAAAUGUUGUGAAUAUUCAAACUGGCCAUUGGGUUGGAAAGCAAAGUGGACUGGGAGCAGGGUCGGAUUCAUUCUAUGAAUACCUUCUGAAGUCUUACAUCCUCUUUGGAGAAAAGGAAGACCUGGAGAUGUUCAAUGAUGCUUAUCGGAACAUUCAGAACCACUUAAGAAGAGGUCGAGAAGCUUGCAAUGAAGGUGAAGGUGACCCUCCUCUGUACGUUAACGUAAACAUGUUCACAGGACAGCUGAUGAACACGUGGAUUGACUCUUUGCAAGCCUUUUUUCCUGGACUACAGGUAUUGAUAGGAGACGUGGAAGAUGCUAUCUGUCUCCAUGCUUUUUAUUACGCCAUAUGGAAACGAUACGGAGCUCUCCCAGAAAGAUACAACUGGCAAUUGCAAGCCCCGGAUGUUCCCUUUUAUCCUCUGCGGCCAGAGUUAGUGGAGUCCACUUACCUUCUUUAUCAGGCCACAAAGAACCCUUUUUACCUUCAUGUGGGAAUGGAUAUUCUGCAGAGCCUGGAAAAAUACACAAAAGCAAAGUGUGGCUAUGCCACGUUACACCACGUUGUAGAGAAGACGAAGGAAGAUCGAAUGGAGAGCUUUUUUCUCAGUGAAACAUGUAAAUACUUGUACCUGUUGUUUGAUGAAGAGAAUCCACUGCAUAAAUCUGGAAACAAGUAUAUGUUUACUACUGAGGGACAUAUUGUGUCUGUGGAUGAGCGUUUUCGUAACUCGCUGUGGCAAGACAUCCUCCCUGGAGAAGAGGACAGCGCGGAAAAAAUUAAACCUAACGAAUUCAGAGCAGUCAACUUCAGUUCUAACUGUAACAGAGUUCCUGAUGAGAGGAGAUACUUGCUGCCACUGAAGAGUAACUACAUGAGACAGAUUGAUCGAAUGGUGGGCUUGAUCUGAAUGGUUCUUCAGAAUAAGAAUUACUUUUAUCAUGUGUCAGGAGGAGCCUGGGAUUUGGCUGUAGGCGUUCCUCUCCUCUUCAGCUACACACCUGCAUACGCUGAGUCACUUGGGUGUCCCCCAUGCUUGUUAGUUUUCGAUUAUGGACGUGGAGGGAGAUCACGUUCUCUCUUCUGAACUGUGGUAACUCCGUGUGCCACCUGAAUAGAGAUGUCUUGUUUUAAAACUUCCUAUGAAAAAUGUUGUUGCAAAUGAAGGCUGACUAUACUUUUAAGAAAAAAAAAAAAAAAGAAAAUUGGCAUGUGCCACUUAGCUACCUCUUUGUAGCUGUGUUACAAAUGUCCCUUUAGAAAAGGGUCUAGUAUUUAAUUUGAAAUGAUCUUAGGAUUGGGGAAGGGAUGGGAAAGUGCAAUUUCUUACACCAAGUUUAAUCAUUGAAUUAUUCUGACUAGCAAUACACAACCUUAAGUACUACUCAGGUAGGAACCCGCUGGUAAUGGGUUUUGCUGAAACAAAACCGCUGUAUCUAGGAUCGUAUCUUGAAAAGAUAACUCCUGACCAUAUAAGAAGCUACCAGUAUAGUUACCAUGUCCCUCGUAUACACAGUCGUAUAGAACUGCAUGUUUGCAGGAGCCUGUGGCUAUAGAAACCAGUAAUAAAACAAAUCAGGUGCCUUUUUUUGUAAGUGAAUGGGGGGGAGGGAAGGGGAAAUUGCAAAGCCACUCAGCUGUGCAAGCAGCUACCUUUAUAUAGCUUAGCUGAGCAGAAGUUCCCAAAGUUUCGUUGUUUGCCAUGUAUCUAGUGCCUUUUCAGGAGAGAUGCUGCUAAGGACUGGUGUGACAGUACACGAAGAACAAACUAUUUCACAUUCCUGACAGCAUUAAUAUGUUCGUGCCUUAAGUUCUUCACUAGCAGGAAAACCUGAGCUUGCUUGGGAAGGUGGAUGAAGUAUUUCUGAUUAGCUGGUUACAAAAUACAGUGGAUCCCAAAUUAACUUAAAAAGUAACUUAGGUUUGAGAUGAAUUCUCCUUUCUUUUUUUUUUUUUUUUUUUUUUUUUUUUUUAAGAUACUGGAAGAAUAUCAACUGCUGUGCCCAUCCCAAAGAAUACUCGUGGGAUGGAUUUAUUCUCAGUUUACUCAGUCACAGGGCUGGCUCUGCGUCACCCUGGGGAUGGCGUUAGUGGGAGGUCGGAGCUGGCAGCAUGCCAACUUCCCUCUGCCACGAGACAGUUUGGGACGUGCCAUCCUAACAGGGUCGCGGCGGCGGCAGCUAUCGAUGCCGACCGCAAACUGUGCCUUUUGGUUCCAGUGAGGAAUGGUGAAAAAAUGCUGUUGCUUCGUCCCACCGUCUUGAACUACAGCUCAGAUGUGUUUGAGGAAUAGCUGUCUGUGAACUUUCAGGAAGACAGCAGUUAAAUUCAGGCAGAGCUGUCGUGGGAUGAAAACAAACUGAGGCCAAAGCAACUCAUUCCAAAUAUAACACUUGGGUUUUUUUCAGUGGCUCCCCAUUGCUUACGUGCUUUUGGCUAUGGUUGAAGUAGCUGAAUGUCACUGUUGGGUCAAUUAUUUUUAAAUUAAGGGCGUACUUGAUCUGCUGUAUUUUCACCUUCUUAGAACAACAUUGGUUUUCAUAAACCAUAUGUUGCAACUCAAAACAUUUCUACUAAAUAUGAAGUUAGUGCUGAAGAGGUUAUUGUUUGAAUCUUUUAGCAUAUAGAUGCAUCUCAGGGACUUCGUUGUAGAAUCUUCUAUUCCAUGAUAGUUGGGUCUCCUAUUCAGGCAAAAAAAAAAAAAAAAAAAAAUCCUGUCUUCUUAGUCUUACUGUGUCUGUUUUAAGGGGGGAAGGGUUGGAGGAGGGAGAGGGAAAUAUGUUAAGAUUUCCCAAAACAUUGCAAUAGAAUCGAUUGCCUUGAUCUUUGAGGCAGCUGGCAGUGCCAACCCCUGUAGAAUUGGCUUUGCAAACCUAUUACUGGAAUGUCUUAGUUGCCUAUAUCAAAGCAAAAAAUAAAGUCAAGGUGUUACGAUCCAAAGAGGUAUUGGGAGAGGUUCAAGCUAUGGCUUCUUAACCAGUAAGCGUUGCCUGGGCUUGCAGGUACGCUUCAGUUUGCACGCGUUGUAAAGAAGCGCAGGAGGACGCGUAAAGGGGAGUGCGUGCUGCUGACCGAGGGAGGCAGAGACAGCAAAACUGUCUGGGCUUUCCGAAACGCUGCCGCUGGGCCAGAUCUUCUAAUUGUGGUUCUGAAAUCAGAAGUGCUUGGCAGCGUGGAAGCCAAACACUGUGUUCCUCAGCCAGCCGUUUAAAAUCAUGGCGUAGCAGACGCCGGGACGGACGUUGCCCUAGGGGUGUUGGUGGCUGCUUCUGGCAAUGGUUUUGCCCUGACCCGUGUUUUAGCUCUCUGAACGUACCUUAAAUGCCUUGCAAUCCCCUCUCGGUGUCUUGUGCCUUCUGAAGCACCUGUAGCCUGCUAAGGCUUCCAGCCAAGUGUUAUUAUGCACAGAAAUCUGUUUCAGAGUUUUCCUUAGAGAAUGACAUGACUGUAAAGAAGUUGCAAAACUACUCUGCCGGUGGGCUUUGUCCCUCUUCUGUACUGCCAGAAAUAGCGAGAGGUGGCCGUAGCACGGGAACGGCGCGGGCAGGGAGCGCAGCCUUUCGGCCCUUAGCGACUCGGGGCGUUGGGUGCAGUGCCAAGCAGCGUACGGUCAGCUCCUCGUUAGAAACCGCAUUGAAAUUUGUGUUGCCAAGGUGAUCCGACAGUUGUCUUUCCAUAGGAGCAGUUUUUGUCUACAAGGAGACUGGUGCUGACGAGGUGGUAAAAGGCUUUGUAUUCUUCAAAGAGCCGAUUUUUCUCCCUCUUUGUUUUAAAAAUGCUUUGAUACGUUUUUACUCUGUAACGACAGGGCGCACGUUAUGCACUAAAAUUAAAACUUUUGUAUAAGUCAGUGGUAUCAAAAUGAAAUUGGUAGCAAAAUGGAAUUGGUAGCACUGCUGGAAUAACUUGCUGAAACAGACUUUUGUAUUUCUCAGUAUAAUGUGCAAUAUAAAUUUUUCUUAAUUAAAAAUGCAAUGUAUGCUUAACUGUUGUUCUUCCAUGAAGUAUUUAAUCGGGGAUGGGAAAUUUUUAAGAGGACCAAAUGCUCUUUGAUGAAAUGUCCUAGAUUUUCAAAACUGAGCUUAAAUUUUACAAAUCU